AUGUUCAUAACAUAGAUAACGAUAGUGGCAUGUCUUCCGAAGAGACAGACGAGUCGCUAAAAUACGACCUAAGUAAGAACGUAAGUAAAAUAAGCAAUGAUGUAAUAAAGUGCCUAACCGAACCACAAUUCGACGCUAAACGGAAUGAGAUUCCGUGUUGUUCAAACAAUGUUAGUAUAAGUGUUGUUGAUACCUCAGGGUUGGAGUUAGAUGAUACGGAUAAUCAGAUAUCUAUUGUGAUAGAGGCGUCGGAUGCCGACGAGGGUAAGAUAGGUACAAAUUGUGAUAAUGUCAUUCCUAGUGUAGGUUCGAGCCAAAAUGUAGUUCCUGUGAGCAACGAGCUGAUGACGAGAGAGAGCCAGAAGCUGGUCAGUCUGUCUCUGUCUAUCCUGCUGGCGGCCUUGUUGCAAGCCAUGCGCUGUUUCGCCCAGUUUCUAGAGGACAUUGUUGUGCCGCAGCGGUAAACUUUGUUCUCAGUUCCCGGAUACUAAAGUGUCUUUUUUGUGUUCUUUGAACGCCACGCCUAUGUGAGCUGCGCGUCAAUUUGAGCCUUCUUGGAUGCACGUAGGUCGAUAUUGCGCCGUAGCCGCGCACGUCAGGUUGACGUCUUUAGGCGACCAAAGGGUUUAAAUGCCUCGUGUUAAUUGUUUUAAAAUACGAGCAUUAUAGUAUAAAAAAAUAAUUAACUUAUUGCACUGUAAAAUUAUCAUUACUUCACCUAACGCAUGACCAAUUUUGGGCUAGUUAGCUUCUAGUUGUGUCACGAGAUAUCGCUUUAAGACACUGAUCUAUAUGUAAAGCGGAUUGAACUCUAAGAUCAAAAAGUGACAGUAAGAAAAUAAAAAUUUAGAUCUCCUUUUAUUAAGACGUCAUUUGACAGUAAUGACAAAGUGUCCUGUGUAAGACAGUGUGUAAGUGCUCGGUGAUAAAGAUUAAUUUAUGAUUACCAAAAGAAGAUUACGGGUUAGGUAUUUCAAUACUUGUUUUAGGGGUGCCUAAGGUAAGGACACACUUAUUAGUUUAUUACGUUCAGCAGGUAAAGAAGAAGAAGGAUUUCAAUAAUUGAUUGUGACAGCGAGUCAAUUACAUUAUAUAUCAGUUUAAAGGGUCUAGCAGGCUAAGCGAACAAGAAGUGCCCCCAACGACGGAUUUGGUCAUUCUUUCAGGUGGUGUACUGGCAGGUCCUAAGAACUCUCUAUGCUUAAUAUCAGUCCUCGAUCUUCUUUUGUUUUCGAGUUAUUCAGGAUAAUGUAAAAUCAUCAGUGUAUCACUGAAAGUGUCAUAUUUUGUAAACCGUUCAAGUAUUAUAAAAAAAACCAUUUUAUUUUUCUUCUCAUUAUUUUUUAUACUAUUCGCGGAGGUACACCUACAAAAAAAAUAUGCAUGAGUAGCCACUAAUACCCACUAUAUACACAUAUAAAAAUAUUUGCAUAAAUCUUCGUGCGUCAUGUCAAAAAAAAAACAUUAUCGAACAAGGAUCUCGGCAACGGCUCUAAACAUAAAAAAACUCAAAAAUGCGCGUUUUCCCAGAGAUAAGACCUAGCUAAAUCAAUUUAUCGCCCCCGAAAACACCCAUAUAGCAAAUUUCAUCGAAAUCGUUAGAGCCGUUUCCGAGAUCCUUGUUCGAUAAUGUUUUUAGGGUUCCGUACCCAAAGGGUAAAACGGGACCCUAUUACAUACUAAGACUUCGCUGUCCGUCCGUCCGUCCGUCCGUCUGUCACCAGGCUGUAUCUCACGAACCGUGAUAGCUAGACAGUUGAAAUUUUCACAGAUGAUGUAUUUCUGUUGCCGCUAUAACAACAAAUACUAAAAACAAUAAAAUAAAGAUUAAAUGGGGCUCCCAUACAACAAACGUGAUUUUUGACCAAAGUUAAGCAACGUCGGGAGGGGUCAGUACUUGGAUGGGUGACCGUUUUUUUUUGCUUUUUUUUUGUUUUUUUUUUUUGCAUUAUGGUACGGAACCCUUCGUGCGCGAGUCCGACUCGCACUUGCCCGGUUUUUUUUUUGACAUGACGUACGAAGAUUUAUGCAAAUAUUUUUAUAUGUGUAUAUAGUGGGUAUUAGUGGCUACUCAUGCAUAUUUUUUUUGUAGGUGUACCUCCGCAAAUAGUAUAAAAAAUAAUGAGAAGAAAAAUAAAAUGUUUUUUUUUAUAAUGAAGUAUAAGGACAUGAUGCAGGUUAAACAUAUUCAUUUUGUAGUCUAUUUUAUUGUUGUCAAAUAUAAUUUUGUUUGGUUAAUCUAAAUUGAACGGUUUACAAAAUAUGACACUUUCAAUGAUACACUGAUGAUUUUACAUUAUCCUGAAUAACUCGAAAACAAAAGAAGAUCGAGGACUGAUAUUAAGCAUAGAGAAUUCUUAGGACCUGCCAGUACACCACCAGAAAGAAUGACCAAAUCCGUCGUUGGGGGCACUUCUUGUUCGCUUAGCCUGCUAGACCCUUUACUUCGAGUUUGCAAUUUAUAUAAGACAUUUUAGUAUCCGGAAACUAAAUAUGUAAUCAAGUAUUAUUGUGUUCUAUUGCAUUUUUUGGUGCAACAUUGAUUAGUUUUUAAUUGUGUAAUACGUAAACGUAUGUCAAUAUAAUAUGUAUACUUGAUUACCCCCUUAUUAUAAGUAGGUAUGGUUUUGUUAAUCUCAAUAAAGUGAUCUACUUUUAAAUAUGA